GUUAGUUGAAUUAAAGCCACUGGCGUGCGAACUUCACUUCGAGCUACACUUAAUCCUAGAUAGAUAGCAACAUGAAAUUCACUCUGCUACUGCUCAUCGCCAGUUUGGCCUGCAUCCUGGCCGCACCUGCUCCCGCCGCCGAGGAGCAGCAGGAGUCCUCCGUGAAGACAAAGCGUGGCUUGUCCUUGGGUCUCGGCUACCACGCCCCCCUGGUCACCCACUCGCACUACAUCGCCGCGCCCACGCUGGUGCACCAUGCCCCAAUCAUAUCGCAUGCCCCACUCAUAUCGCAUGCCCCACUCAUCUCCCAUGCCCCGCUGAUUGCCCACCAUCCAGUGUCCUCGGUCUCCUAUCACCUGCCCACCUACCACUCCAUCCAUCACUUCUAA